CUUACGAAGGUCAAAAGAAGGUUAGUACAUCAGCAGACGAACUUCGAGUUCUACGCCAAUUUCAGUACCGAUUGCAACGACAGCAACACCAACAACAGCAACACCAUGAGCGGCCGUAAAUUCUGCGUGGGAGGAAACUGGAAGAUGAACGGUGACCAGAAGUCCAUCGCCGAGAUCGCCAAGACCCUGAGCACCGCCUCCCUGGACCCCAACACCGAGGUGGUCAUCGGCUGCCCGUCCAUCUACCUGAUGUACGCCCGCAAUCUGCUGCCCUGCGAACUGGGAUUGGCCGGCCAGAAUGCCUACAAGGUGGCCAAGGGCGCCUUCACCGGCGAAAUCUCCCCGGCGAUGUUGAAGGACAUCGGUGCCGACUGGGUGAUCCUGGGCCACUCGGAGCGCCGCGCCAUCUUCAAUGAGUCGGACGCCCUGAUUGCCGAGAAGGCCGAGCACGCCCUGGCCGAGGGUCUGAAGGUCAUCGCCUGCAUUGGAGAGACCCUCGAGGAGCGCGAGGCCGGCAAGACCAACGAGGUGGUGGCCCGCCAGAUGUGCGCCUAUGCCCAGAAGAUCAAGGACUGGAAGAACGUGGUGGUGGCCUACGAGCCCGUCUGGGCCAUUGGCACCGGCAAGACGGCCACUCCCGAUCAGGCCCAGGAGGUCCACGCCUUCCUGCGCCAGUGGCUGAGUGACAACAUCUCCAAGGAGGUCUCCGCCACCCUGCGCAUCCAGUACGGCGGCUCCGUGACCGCUGCCAAUGCCAAGGAGCUGGCCAAGAAGCCCGACAUCGAUGGCUUCCUGGUGGGCGGCGCCUCCCUGAAGCCCGAGUUCGUGGACAUCAUCAAUGCCAGGCAGUAGGGAUCCCAGUCGCAGUCCCGAUCUCCAAGCAUUCGAUCACUUGCUAGCGAACUGCCCGCGGUUAAGGGUCUCUGGAGGAUCUCCAGAUUCCAGAUUUCAGAUUCCGCACCGCAUAUGCGUUACGCACACACCUCGUCACCACCAAGUGCAGUUCCAAAUUCAUAGUUACCUCCCUGUUGUUAAACGUAUAGUAAUCCAUUGUGUAAAUCCUAAAUUAUUCUGGCAAUAAUUAUACGCUACUCAUUUACUCAUAAACCGAAA